AUGAAUAAGAAAGAAGACAUACAGACCCCAAAAGCGAGUACCUUCCUCCUCCUCCUCCUCCUCCUCCUCCUCCUCCUCCUCCCUCCUCCUCCUCCUCCUCCUCCUCCUCCUCCGCCCAAGCAGAACCUCCUAAUUGAGUCUCCAGAAAACAAUCACGAAAAUCACAGUGAGGUAAACAGCGGCAGUAACCGGAACUCCACCAACGGUCAUAGACACAGUGCCAGUGAAGACAUUGUAUAG